UGAUUGUCGGUUGUAUGAUCUUAUUUGAAUUGAGGAAUUGUAGCGCUUGCUGCUAGUGUUUCUCUACUCUUAAAAAUAAAAAUCGUUUAUACUGUGUCAGUUUGAUUUUAAGCAUCGAGCGCGAAAUAUACAAACACUCACUAAAACGGGGCAUCCAUAAAAUAUGUUGUCCAAGAGCCAAUUAUUGUUGGCCCAUGUAUGUGGCCUUUUGGUGUGUUUGGGCCAAAUUAAUGGCAAUCCUGUCGGUUUUGCAAACGAUCAUGUGGCUACCGAAUUCAUAAUAUUGCACAACAAUGAUAUGCAUGCACGUUUUGAGCAGACGAGUGUAGACAGUGGCAAAUGUACCACCGAACUGGCCAAUACCAAUAAAUGCUAUGGAGGAUUCGCUAGAGUGGCACAUGAAGUUCGUAAAUUUCGCCAAGAAGCUAAUGAGGGAGGUACUCCAGUGUUGUAUCUUAAUGCGGGUGAUACAUACACCGGCACGCCCUGGUUUACGGUUUUCAAAGACAAUAUAACCGCUGCCUUCCUAAACAAAUUGCAACCGGAUGCAAUAUCUCUAGGAAAUCACGAAUUUGAUGAGAAUGUAGCAGGAUUGGUGCCUUUCCUUAAUGCAGUCACAUUCCCCGUUUUGACUACCAACUUGGAUGUCAGAAAAGAACCGGCUCUAGCAAAAGCGAAAAACUUUUACAAUUCCACAAUUUUAGAUGUACGUGGCGUAAAAGUUGCUGUCAUCGGUUACCUAACGCCCGAAACUAAAUAUUUGACGGUGCCCAAUGAAGUCGAGUUCAUGGAUGAAAUUGUUUCAAUCAAUGAGGAAGCUGAACGUAUCAAGAAACAAGGUAUCAAUAUUAUCAUUGCAUUGGGACAUUCCGGUUACCUAAAGGAUCAAGAGAUUGCUAUGAAAUGUCCUGAUGUGGAUCUUGUAAUUGGUGGCCAUACAAAUACAUUCUUAUACAAUGGUGACCAACCCGAUGCCGAGCGUAUUGAUGGUCCUUAUCCAACGGUGGUUAAACAGCACAGUGGCAAAGAAGUACCCGUCGUCCAAGCCUACGCCUAUACAAAAUACUUGGGUAAACUACAUGUACAAUUUGACAGUGCGGGAAAUCUAAUUGAAUUCGAUGGCACUCCUAUUCUUUUGAAUGCUGAAAUACCCAGAGAUGAUGAUCUACUCCAGUUACUUGAAGUAUAUAGGCCAAAUAUCACCGCAUUGGAGUCGAAUGUAGUUGGACGCACAAAGGUGCAUUUAGAGGGUCGCGCCGAAAUUUGUCGCAGUGGCGAGUGUAAUCUGGGCAAUAUGGUAGCUGACUCAAUGGUAUACGCAAGAGUAUUGGAAAAUCAAGGUGGCUCAUAUUGGACGGAUGCACCAAUCGCCUUCAUACAGGGCGGAGGUAUUCGCAGCUCUAUUGAAAAACGAUCAGAUGGAUCAAUUCUCGCCACUGAUGUUUUAUCUGUGCUGCCGUUUGGAAAUGAUUUGUACAUAUCAAAAAUUUCGGGUAAAAUUAUUUGGAAUGCUUUAGAACAUUCCGCUGCUAUGGAGGCAAAAGAUUCCAAUGGUGGAUUCCUACAAAUGUCAGGUGUACACACAGUCUUUGACUAUAACAAAGACAUUGGAAGCCGUGUUGUUUCAGCAGAUGUCCGCUGCUCCGAAUGCAAAGUGCCCGCCUACGAACCCUUGCAACUGGAUAAAUCUUACAAUGUAAUUGUACAAAAAUUCCUUAUUGAUGGCGGUGAUGGUCACACUUUCGUAGAGAACAAUAACACCCAACGAUUGCAGAAAGAUGAUUACGGUGCUUUAUUGCAAUAUCUGAACCAACGUGAGUUCGUUUACCCAGAAGUUGAAGAAAGAAUUACAAUAAUUGCCAAAAAGAACAAUGGAGGAAAUGAGGACAACGGAGAUGAUGGUGCCAUGAUGUCUGUGUCAAGUUCUAUGUUAAUGGUUGCCGUAAUGGCACUUCUUACAGUUAAUUUUACCAACUAAAGUUAUAUUUAAUCUAAUCAAUAAAAAUUUAUAAAAAAACUCAGGAACAUUUUGUAUUAUAAAUAUCAAUAAAGUCCCGAGAUUGUUAUUUAA